AUGCUAAAAUGCAGAAGCCGUCAGUUCAUCUUGACUAUUUUCUGUUUUAGUUCAAGACCAGCCAGUACAACAACACUGAAGACUAGCUCAUGCGAUAACGUAUUCGAUAACAAACCAAAAGGUAUAUUUCAUAAAGCAAUAGUUAUUAUAAACAAUAGAUUUUAGAUAGUUAUUAUAGGAAAAGUAGUUGCUUUUGGAUACUUUGACUCAUUUAGUACUUGAUUGACACACCAGAGCCAGAACCAGAGCCUCCCCAGAUCCAACCAACUGAGGAGCCAGAGAUGACUCCCAAUCCACAGGAGGAACUAAGUGAAGGUCAGUACCUUCAAAACAACCUUACUGAGGAGAUGGACAACCAACAGUUUAGCCUUAAAUAAGAAUAAAAAUUGAAUAUUCACCAGUAUUCACUCAGCCCAACAUCUUCGAACACCAAAGUCAAAACAUUCCCUGUAAUAAUAGUGUAAUAUUGUCUAACGAAAAACACAGAUCUUUUUAACUUUUCUUGACCAAUAAAGCACAUGGUAGAGAGUGUGACUCCCGGAUGUUUUGGAUAGGCUGUCACACUGCUGCAGCUCUCUCAAGCUGUGACUUGAGCCGGAGCCCGGAGGCCAAGUCUCCCCAGAUGUAGCAAGGAGCUCUGUGUCUGUCGCGGCCAAACCUGCCAAGAGAAACAUGGGGAAAUAAUGUCAUUAUACACUGAACAAAAAUAUAAACGCAACAUGCAACAGUUGCAAUGAUUUUACUGAGUUAGCGUUCAUAUAAGGAAAUCAAUCAAUUGAAAUCAAUUAAUUAGGCCUUAAUCUAUGGAUUUCACAUGACAUCGACCCAGAGCAUUUAGGAUUUUCUGCCGGAUUCACUGAAUCACUGGACCUUAACACCGGAUCAUCACAACUAGCUAGCUGCAACCGAAUGGAUCACCACUUGUUCCAAAGCUAGCACCAGUUAGCCUUGAGCUAGCCUCGAGCCCAUCUCCCGGCUAUCCACCUCUCUGUCAACCGGACGGGACCGCCUAGUGUCGCCACGGAGCCCCGCCAAUCCAUCACGACCUGUCUGCUGACGUAAUCGUCUGAUGUGGUUUCAACAGGCUUCCCGUUGUGAUGACCACGAAGAUCCAUCUGCUAGCACCGGCCUGCUAGCACGCGCAAUCAACAGCCGUGCCUCCUGCUCGCCUGUGCUGUACCAGCCUACGAACUGCUCCCGGACUUACCUAUUGCUGUUCACUGGACCUUAUGAUCACUCAGCUACACAUCUGAUGCCCGCUGGACUGUUCCUUUACACGGUACCCCAUCCUGUUUAUCUGUUUAGCCUCAGCCCAAACUUUCGUCGUCAUUACCAGUUGUUGUCUUAGCCCUCUCGAAUAACACCUGUGAUUGCCUUAUGCCUCUCUCCCAUGUCAAUAUGCCUAGCCUAUUGCUGUUUGGGUUAGUUGUUAUUGUACUAUUUCACUGUAAAGCCCCCAGUCCCGCUCAACCUGCCUCAGAUAGAUUCUUUAUCCCACCCCCCAUACACGCAGAGACCGGCUCAAUCGGUACCUCCAGUGAUGCUAUCUCUUUCAUCGUUACCCAAUGCUUAGGUGUACCUCCACUGUACUCAUAUCCUUCCAUAUCCUUGUCUGUACAUAAUGCCCUGAAUCUAUUCUACAACGCCCGGAAAUCUGCCCCAUUUAUGUACUCUGUACCCAACGCACUAGAAGACCAGUUCUUAAAGCCUUUAGCCAUAUACUUAUUCUAUUCCUCCUCUGUUCCUCUGGUGAUGUAGAGGUUAACCCAGGCCCUGUAACCCCCAGUAUCACUCCUACUCCCCAGGCGCUAUCAGUUGUUGACUUCUGUAACCGUAAAAGCCUUGGUUUCUUGCAUGUUAACAUCAGAAGCCUCCUCCACAAGUUUGAGUUAUUCACUGCUUUAGCACACUCUGCCAACCCUGAUGUUCUAGCAGUGUCUGAAUCCUGGCUUAGGAAGGCCACCAAAAAUUCAGACAUUUCCAUCCCCAACUACAACAUUUUCCAUCUAGAUAGAACUGCCAAAGGGGGCGGAGUUGCAAUCUACUGUAGAGAGAGCCUGCAGAGCUCUAUCAUACUAUCCAGGUCUGUACCCAAACAGUUUGAGCUUCUACUUCUAAAAAUCCACCUUUCCAGAAAUAAGUCUCUCACUUUUGCCGCUUGCUACAGACCCCCCUCAGCCCCUAGUAAACGACCACCCCUCAUCACUGUCAAAUGCUCCCUAAAACACUUUAGUGAGCAGGCCUUUCUAAUUGACCUGGCCCGCGUAUCCUGGAUGGAUAUUGACCUCAUUCCGUCAGUAGAGGAUGCCUGGAUGUUCUUCAAAAGUGCUUUCCUCUCCAUCUUAAAUAAGCAUGCCCCAUUCAAAAAAUUCAGAACUAAGAACAGAUAUAGCCCCUGGUUCACCCCAGACUUGACUGCCCUUGACCAGCACAAAAACAUCCUGUGGCGUACUGCAUUAGCAUCGAACAGCCCCCGCGAUAUGCAACUUUUCAGGGAAGUCAGGAACCAAUAUACACAAUCAGUUAGGAAAGCAAAGGCUAGCUUUUCAAACAGAAAUUUGCAUCCUGUAGCACUAACUCCAAAAAGUUUUGGGACACUGUAAAGGCCAUGGAGAAUAAAAGCACCUCCUCCCAGCUACCCACUGCACUGAGGCUAGGAAACACUGUCACUACCGAUAAAUCUACGAUAAUCGAGAAUUUCUAUAAGCAUUUUGCUACGGCUGGCCAUGCUUUCCACCUGGCUACCCCUACCCUGGCCACCAGCUCUGCACCCUCUGCUGCAACUUGCCCAUGCCCCCCCCCCACUUCUCCUUCAUCCAAAUUCAGAUAGCUGUUGUUCUGAAAGAGCUGCAAAAUCAGGACCCCUACAAAUCAACUGGGCUAGACAAUCUGGACCCUUUCUUUCUAAAAUUAGCCGCCGAAGUUGUAGCAACCCCUAUUACUAGCCUGUUCAACUUCUCUUUCGUAUCAUCUGAGAUCCCCAGAGAUUGGAAAGCUGCCGCGGUCAUCCCCCUCUUCAAAGGGGGUGACACUCUAGAUCCAAACUGUUACAGACCUAUAUCCAUCCUACCCUGCCUUUCGAAAGUAUUUGAAGGCCAAGUUAACAAACAGAUCACCGACCACUUCGAAUCCCACCGUACCUUCUCCGCUAUGCAAUCUGGUUUCCGAGCUGGUCAUGGGUGCACCUCAGCCACGCUCAAGGUCCUAAACGAUAUUAUAACCGCGAUUGAUAAGACAGUACUGUGCAGCCGGCUUCAUCGACCUGGUCAAGGCUUUUGACUGUCAAUCACUGCAUUCUUAUUGGCAGACUAAAUAGAAAACCAGUUAGUAUCUGCUGUGACCACUAUUUGCCUCAUGCAGCGUGACACAUCUCCUUCGCAUAGAGUUGAUCAGGCUGUUGAUUGUGGCCUGUGGAAUGUUGUCCCACUCCUUUUCAAUGGCUGAGCGAAGUUGCUGGAUAUUGGUGGAAACUGGAACACGCUGUCGUACACGUCGAUCCAGAGCAUCCCAAACAUACUCAAUGGGUGACAUGUCUGAUAAGUAUGCAGGCCAUGGAAGAUCUGGGACAUUUUCAGCUUCCAGGAAUUGUGUACAGAUCCUUGCGACAUGGGGCCGUGUAUUCUCAUACUGAAACAUGAGGUGAUGGCGGCAAAUUAAUGGCACGACAAUGGGCCUCAGGAUCUCGCCACGGUAUCUGUGCAUUCAAAUUGCCAUCGAUAAAAUGCAAUUGUGUUCGUUGUCCAUAGCUGAUACGGUGGGCCGUAUGGUUCAAGACAUGCCAGGAUGACCUAGAACAUCAAGAACAUCUCAGAUAGAGUUGUAUAAUAAUUACAUAUGCCCCAUAUAACUCAACUCCAGGAAAUGAAUUAUACAGUUAUUUCAAUAAACUAUUCAAUUCAUUUCCAGAUGUAAUGAUUUUACAUACAUUUUGCCCUUAUUCCCUUCCACAGAUGUGAAGGGUGAGACCUGGCCAGAUCUUCCUGUUCCCUCUCCUGAUACUGGGUCAGAGGAUCCAGAGGCAAGCCCUAACUCAGAGGACCCUGAAGCUGGUCUGGUGGAUCCAGAGGUAACUCCUAACCCAGAUGACCCUGAAGCAACCCCUGCCCCAGAGAGCACAAGCGGGUCAGAGCUCUCUCCGACUGAGCCAGCCUCUUCAGACCCCUUAGAACCCUCGCUGGACACUACCCCCCCAACCACAGAUAUAGAGGAUGACCCUGAGAAGGAAGCCAUUUUAAAGGGGGACUACACACCCUUCCCUGAGGAAUUGGCUACAGAGGCAACACCAGGCUCAGAAGGGACUCCACCAGCAGCCAACCCCAACCCCUCCACUGCCGAACCAGCCAACGAGACCCCCACUGAGGCAACAGGUAACAAAUUAAAUUCUAUUGUCCUAACAGGGAAAUUAAUUGUGCUGUUAGGAGCUUACAGUUGAUAUGUAUACCAUUAUACCUGGGCACAGAGCGGGAAAUGAUAGCCAAGCCAUCUCUCACAUACCAACAUCAAUGAGAUAGUCCUAUCUCACUGUUCCUAGAAAUUGCAUUUGACAAGAUGUUUCACAAUCUACUUUGAGUCAUCUGGAUUCAAAUCAAAUCUAACACUGACCCAAAUCUCAUGUUUUCCAGACUCCAGUGAUCCUGAGGGACAGCCUGAUUCCAGCAGCAGCCCGUCUGCAGCCGACCCAACUCCCCCUGGAUCCUCCUCUGAGCCCACCCCCGCCUCCCCAGUCGCCCUCCAGCCCUCCGACCAGGCCUCUCCGAGCUCAGAGCCCCAGCCUGGGCCUACUCCUACAGAGGACACCCCUGAACUCCUACCUGAAGGACAGAGUGAAUUGGACCCUGAAGGUCAGGAGGCAGAAUCUGAGAACACACUGCCAGAGGAAUCCGAACCCACACCCUCAAACUUAGAGAAUGCUGCCACCACCCCAGCCUCCACGCCAGCCUUUGACCCGGCUUCCAUCCCAGUUUCUACCAGCCCCACACAGGGCACACCCUCAGCCCCAGAGGAUCCUGAGACUACCCCUGCCUCUCCAGACAGCACCACCCCCUCCACCAAGCCUGACCAGACACCCAGUGCCCCUGAAGGAGCUACCCCAAGCUCAGAUCAGGACAGCCGCAAGGAGGAUGCCCCAACAACCACCCCCUCAGACCCACAGGAUCCCAAUGUGGCCUCUGAGCCACCAGCGUCUGAGAGUGGUUCUGAGUCUAAACCUGGUAGAGGGGACACCCCAGAUAGUUUUAAUGACAACAGUGUCCCCCAGACUGGAGAUCUGGCUACGCGUCCCACCACAGACCCAGCGGGACAAGAGGAAGGAGAUGAGGCAGCACCAGUGGAGACCACCAGCAACUCCAUGAAGCUCACUCCUAUCCCCACCACCAAACCCACCCAAAACAAACACACAGAGAAAACCAAGCCCAGUAAACCCACAGAGAAACCCAAGCCCAAAUCCACACGGCCAAGCACCUUCACGGAUAUCAACCAAGCUCUGGGCACAGACAACCCCAGGGACUACCAAGCAGGUAAGCUUAACCAUGUUGGACCUUGCUUUGCCUUACUUUAA